AUGGGAUGAACAGGAACUAAAGCGAAUAUUAAUAAAUAUGAAGAAGAAUAUUACAACAACGGCAAGAAGAUUGGCAAAAACAAGAAUACCAAAAAUAAAGGCAAAAACGGAUUGAACAGUGGACAAAGCGAUAGCCAAGAUUUUCAUGGUUCAGACCGAAACCAUCAGUCUGAUGGCAACAAGUUAAUCAAGGAAGAGCAGAAACAGAAGAAUAAUAAUGGAAGGAAUAAAGAGAAAGGAUUUAGACAAAGUUCAAGCUCAGAAGAUGAACACUCAAAUGGAUUCCCUGAAGAAAAUUUAAAACUUGAUAAAUAAAAAGACCGGGACAGUAGUUAAGAAGAAUCCAAGUGAGGUGUUGGCCGAAGAACAAGAAUUCAUGCGCAUGUUCAAAAGGCCUAUGUUUGAUACAAAAGUCUUUGGAUUGUUCAAUUCAGACCAGUUUAACCACUGAUUCUUGAAUUCUGUAAUUCAAGUUUUGUGGAACAUUGACAGCAUUCAAGAGUUCUUGAUAAAGUUUUCGAAAAUAAGGACAGAUUAUGAUAAUGUACUGAUUGAGAAUUUCAAACUGUUCAUACAAAAUAUCGAUAACGAACCUUUACAAAAUUACAUGGAUGAAGAUAACCCAAUUGAUUUUGAUGUCACCGGAAUUCGAGAGAGCUUAAACCAACUUUACAAAGAUACUAAAUAAAUUUUAAUCUUGAAGAGAAGUGCGACGCACCAGAAGCAUACGAAGCUCUGGUCACUAACAUUUACGAAAAUGUAGAAGAUUCCAAAGAGAUAGGAGGAGAGUUUGAAGACCUUGUUGAUACUAAAUUUGACGUAAACAAUUCUUAUAUUUAUGCAAAUGAACUUCUCUCCCCAAUAGUGCUUACUAAAGAAGACGCAUUCAAAGAUAUUGAGCAUAUCAAAUAUGAUCUAAUAAAAUAUCUCAAAAAUUAUUACGAUCUACUCAAAUCCAAAGAUAAAAACACAAGAGACAGAAGAAAGCAACCAUAUGAACCAGAUUCAGAUUCAAAUUCAGACGAAGGUUAUGUACCUCAGGCAACGAAGUUGCUAAUCCUUAAUUUUGCAUGGGGAGAGAAGAAUGCAGAUGAUAUAACCAAAAUGCUCAGCUUAAUCCCAAAUACUUUCAAAUUUAAUGAACUCUAUCCUGAUGGUGCUAAAGUAACUUAUGGAUUCAAAGGAAUGGUAUGAUACUGGGGAAGUCACUAUUUUACUUAUAUCUACAAAGAGAACCAGUGGGUUCAAAUGAAUGAUACUUACAUCACAAUCGAACCAUCAUGGUCAAGCAUUAUAGAAAAUUGAGUUCAAGGAACCAUCUUACCUAUCAUGCUAUUAUUUGAGAGAUGUGACUCUAAAAAUGAGGUUAAGAAAGCCAAAUCUAAUAUAAAAUUAAUGACUGAAUAUUUAGUGGGAGUUCUAUAUCCACAUAACAAAGUAGAUCACAACAAUUUUGGCAAUUUUGAUGAUCCCAUUAGUCCAUAUGGGCAUAAUGACCCUUAUACUGUUGGAUAUCAAGAAACUCCAUUUGAAGGAGAAACAGACGAUGAAUGGUCCUGCCAAAGAUGAACAACUUUAAACAAGAUCACAAACUACACAUGCAUCUCCUGAGGAUUUAAGAAUUGGACUAUAAAAGACCUAAAAUAUCAAAGAAGAUUAGCAAUGAUGGGGUAUAACCAAUAUUGUCCAAACUGUAAGAAAUUUUAUACAGGUUCCUUCUGUUCGAAUUGAGAGGAAAGAGUAUUGCUCUACAAUGGGGAUUUGACCCAAAGAGAAAAUAACUAUUAUGGAUAUUAA